AAUCUUAAAAGAAGGUUGUAAAUAAUCUCCCCAAAUCUUAAUCUGUAUCUCUACAACCCUGGAAGUCUAACCGUACAGUAACUCUACCCAAUUGACGUUACAAUGCUGUAUAUUAAAACCCACAAAGCGACUCCUUUUCAGAGCAUUAGGCAGGGGAAGAACUCAUCAUUCUUACUUUUCUUGGUCUCUGAUACAGAGAGAAAAUGGGUUCUCAGGUCUCUAAACAGGUAGCGAGGCGUAAAGCCAUCUCAACUGAGAAGAAAGCUCUCUGUGAUCUACAUGGGAGUUGUGGCGACACAUACCCUGGUUCCGAUUACCGUCCUGCAGACAGGAAGAAUUGGAUGGGUGGUCUCAACCCUGAGAAAGUUCAUAUAAAUAAGAUCGUAUGGCCUGGCACUCAUGAUUCUGCUACCAACAAGAUUGGCUUCCCGUUGAUCUCUCGUCCUUUUGCUCAGUGCCAAUCCUUGUCCAUCUACCAACAGCUUUGCAGGGGCGCCAGAGUUCUUGAUAUUCGGGUUCAGGAGGAUCGCCGUAUCUGCCAUGGAAUCUUGAAAACAUACAGUGUUGAUGUUGUCAUUAAUGAUGUCAAGAAAUUCUUAUCAGAGACUCAAUCAGAGAUCAUAAUUCUUGAAAUCCGGACAGAAUUUGGGCAUGAAGAUCCUGCAGAUUUUGACAAGUACUUGGAGGAACAGCUCGGAGAAUAUCUGAUCCAUCAAGAUGAUCAUGUUUUUGGCAAGACAAUUGCAGAAUUGUUGCCAAAGAGAAUAAUCUGUAUAUGGAAACCAAGAAAAUCACCACAGCCCAAACAUGGGGGCCCAUUGUGGAGUGCAGGGUAUUUGAAGGAUAAUUGGAUUGACACAGAUUUGCCAUCAACAAAAUUUGAGAGCAACAUGAAGCAUUUGAGUGAGCAGCAACCAGCUUCAUCAAGGAAAUUCUUUUACAGGGUAGAAAACACUGUUACUCCACAGGCAGAUAACCCAAUUUUGUGUGUUAAACCCGUGACAGGAAGAAUUCAUGGAUAUGCUAGGAUGUUCAUAACACAGUGCUUCUCCAAGGGAUGUGCAGAUCGAUUGCAGAUCUUCUCCACAGAUUUCAUAGAUGAGGAUUUUGUGGAUGCAUGUGUGGGACUGACACAUGCAAGAAUUGAAGGGAAGGCUUAAUUAAUCUGUUAUUCUAUAGUUCUUUUAAAUUGUUCUUGUUCAUAGAUUCUUGCCACUAUAAAUUGGGAUCUACUGUAACUAGUUUCUGGGAUGAAAAUGAUCGAGCUCCAUUGUUGGCAGUGGAGCUAAUCUUCCUUUGUCCUCUUUAGUAAUGCUUUAUAUGUGUGAUUUAUAUGUAUAAAGUGUUUGUGCAUGUGGAUUGCAUUUGAUAAA